CCGCAAAACUCGGCGCCAAAUUCCCCCACACCGGAACUCACGUAGCAUGACGAGCCGACUGAUCCGCCGCGGCAAGGGCGUCGUGGACUCCCUCUCGGGCAUGGAAGACAAGGGAACAGUGCUCCAGGAAGGCGACGUUGUGUGGUCAGUAAUGCUCAAUCAGACGGACGUGUCGUAUGGCGUCAAAGGGCACAACAAGUUUUACUCGUUCCAAAUCAUCAUCGACAACAGCGACGGCCAUCGCGCAUACGUCUUCUUCAAAUGGGGUCGCGUCGGCGCGGUCAGACCGCAGCGCAAAUUGCAUGGACCUUGUACAAAGGACGCGGCGAAGGAGAUGUUCAUCGCCAAGUUCGUCCUCAAAACAGAGAACGAGUGGCCUCUCGUGCAGCCGUUUGUUCCCGUCAAGGGCAAAUACACCUUGAUCGAACUCGACUACUCGGGCAACGACGACUGCAAUGCCGACCAAGAUGAUAGCACGACGGUCGACAAAAGCUCCCCCGUGCCUCCGUCGUCCUUGCCUUUGUCCGUCCAGACCUUUGUCAAGAUGAUUUGCGACGUCGACUUGAUUGCGCAAGAAAUGACCGAGAUGCAUUUGGAUCUGAAGCGGAUGCCAUUAGGCAAGCUCUCCAAGGGGCAGCUGGCCAAAGGAUAUGCCAUCCUACACACCAUAUCCGACACGCUGAACGCCAUCACAGACAUGGAAAGGUCGGCUACGACGUCUGCGGCAUCGACCGUCCAAGCUGCUGCUUCGACCGUGCCGAGUGGAACCCGCCGACGGUCUUCCCGGGCCAAGGCGGCCACGGCAUCGGCCGUCAAGUCCCAAGUGGCCAAAUGCAAAGCAAAACUCAAGGCGUUGACGAGCGAAUUUUACACGCUCAUUCCGCACAACUUUGGCAUGUCGCUGCCGCCCGUGAUCGACUCGGUGUCCGAACUCAAGCUCAAGCUGGACCUAUUGGAGGUCAUGGCCGACGUUGAGCUCACGCACAAGAUGCUCGAAACGCAGCGCACGACCGAUGCGAACCCUGUCGAUGCCCAUUACAGAGCCCUCGGCGUCACAUUAGUCCCCAUCGACGCGAUGUCGCCCGAGUUUGCUCGAAUCCAAGAAUACAUAAAGCUCACGCAUGCUCCGACGCAUCGCCAGUACACGCUGCACGUCGAUGCCGUGCACGCACUCGAUCGAGACAAACACGAAGGCGGCAGCAACCGCCGUGCUACCGACACCCCCUCGACCUUGUUUGAGUCGUUGGAGAACCACCAGCUCUUGUGGCACGGCUCCCGUCUCUCCAACAUUGCGAGUAUUCUGACCAAAGGGCUGCGCAUUGCCCCGCCAGAAGCGCCGUCGACGGGGUACAUGUUUGGAAAAGGCGUAUAUUUUGCCGACGUGGCGUCGAAAGCUGCCAACUACUGCUGGGCUAGCACCAACCAAACCAAGGCAAGGCCCGAUCCUUUGUCUCGACCCUGCAACGCAAUCAAAGUCGUCUUGCAGGGGGUCUUGAUCUUGACCGAAGUGGCGCUUGGAACGUCCGUCAAGGCCGUUGAAGCACACGAGUACUCGUUUGAGGCGCUGCAACAGCUCCAGUGCCACAGUGUGCUGGGUGUUGGCCGCAUGACGCCGACCAAAGCGUCGCAUUUUGUUUCGGACGAUGGCGUGAAGAUGCCGAUGGGGAUGCUCGAACCGACGGAUGCCGACGGCACAUUGCUAUACAACGAAUACGUGGUCUACCGCACCGAUCAAAUGCGCAUGCGAUAUGCAGUCUCAGUCACGUUCGACUUCAACUAGUCCUGCCAACUCUACGCAAUGUGAAGACGCAAUCGAGUUCGCCGCCUUGGAUCGUCACGCCGCGGCUUGCAUCCGUGGAAGCGAGAGGAAGAGCGAGCCCAUGACAUGGGCGUCCGUGGCAGGGUCGAUUUUGAACUGGAUUUGAACGACUCCGUUGCCUUGGUCGAGAAUCCCUACUUGGCGCCACACGGGCUUGGCGGUUGCGUCGUUGGCCAUCGGCAAGUUGACGUCGGGGUUUUGCAAUUGAAUCGGGGGCAUGGCGUCGUCGGCGAAACCAAUCGUGGCAUGAAUGCGAGCAUGGUUCGAUACCGCCACGAUGGCGUCGUCGGGCACUCCCCCUUUGCUUGACACGGCGCGCAACGAGUACCGGGCGUACGUGCCGUCUGUGGUCUCGAUGGCCUUUUCCGACGUCAUGUCGACUUCAUACGUCAAACAGCACACGGCGUGGUUGUUUGUGUCGACGAUCUUUUGCGAGCCGGACGAGAUGACGACGUCCACCGACACUGGGCGCCGCGCUUCCUGGGCGACGUAUUCCUUGUCCACGUCUUGAUUGCUCGGUUCGAGCACGGCGUCCACCGACAGACUGCCGCCACCAUCCAGCAAAUCGUCGAUGCCUUGCAUGUUGUACACGUCGGCGAGCACCUGCAUGUCGUGCUUCCGAUUGAUCUGGGCACACGCGGCUUGGUACGCAAGACCAAGCUGUGCGUAGCGAGUGCGGUACUCGCGAAGGAGGGCGGUGCGGAUGACGGGCACGACCUCCAUCACGAGCUUGGCGGCGCUGGACACAGCGUUCGGGUUGAGUUGCACAAUCGCUAGCUCGUCCAAAAACCGCUGGACGUCGGCGAGGAGUGGCAGUUGGUCGAGCAUGACGUCGUUCAGGUACUUUCGAAUGCGCAGCACUUGGUUCUUCCGGAACGACGUGAGCUGGUACUGGUCCCGCGCGACCUUGGAGCACACGAGAAAGUAGACUCCGAUCCACGGCUGCGCUUCGGUCGUGGUGAUUUGAAGCAAGUCGCACGGGUCGACGACGGCCCACUUUUGGUCUUGAAACUUUUUCCACUGGUUCGAGUCGGGGGUUUUGUACGUCCACGGCGGGUUCUCGAUCAGCGCCACGAACGACAAGAGCGCAUCGUGUUUGUCCAGCAGUCGGGUCAACACGUUGAGCGACAGCACGUGCACGCGCUCGCACAUGUACCGGAGAAUUGCGACGCAUUGCACCGACAAGCGGAACUCCAUCUCCAACCACUGUCGGUGCAGCUCGUCCUUGCGGGAAGCAGCGUCGAGUUCGCGGACAAUGUCGUGCCCCGACUUGUGAAACGUGGUCUUGGUGCGAAUGACCUCGCGCGGCGUUCGAAUCAGCCACGUGAUUUUGCGCAUGCAGUAGUCCAAUACUUCUAUCAACGUUUCGUCGUCCAGGCUCUCGAUGACGUGCUCGUGGUAGAAUGCGACUUCGAGCAGGUUGCAUAGCACGGCUUCGUGGUACAGCUAAGCAAAACGCCAUCACGACCAAAUCCCGCGUAGGCAGAAGUACCACAAAGUACGUGCGCAUGGAUGCCGCGUCGGACACGUCGUCCAAGGUGGGGAACACAUGCUCUUUCCACAGUUCGUUCACGAGCAUGUUGUGGACGAGCACUGGCAGCUUCUUGAACGUUAGAAUAGACUCGAUGACAAAGUUGUCGGCCUUUUGCUUCGCGCUUUGGUGGGCCUGCAAGUUGAGCUUCUCGACGUCACUGUGCAGACGGAUAAAGUCCGCAGACCCCAUCGCUUCCAACGGCAGUGGCGUUACGUUCUCGACCAUGUACUCCGCCUCAUGUGGCAUCACCAUGUAUGCCAUCGCUUCAUCGCU